GGCUCCCGGCCCUUGGUCCCGGCCCUUGGUCCCGGCCCUUGGUCCCGGCCCUUGGUCCCGGCCCUUGGUCCCGGUCCCGGCCCCGGCCCUUGCCCCCGGCCCUUGCCCCUGCCCUCCCGCCCGGCACCGGCAGCCGCCGCGCCGCUCCUCGGGCCUCCCGCGCUGAAUCAAAAUAAUACAGAUAGAAGUGGAACAACGCCAGAAGUUAACUGACAGCAUGAAGUUACUCAUCUUCCUCGCAGUAACUCUGGGCACAGUUGUCACGGGACUAGAUUCUGUUUAUAGCAAGAAGCCCUACAAGCUGCCACACAAACACAGAUCAGAUCACAAGGAAUGCCACUGUUUGAAUGGAGGAACCUGUAUUACCUAUUAUCUAUUUAGCGGAAUUAAUCGUUGCGUAUGCCCGGAAGGAUACACUGGGAUUCACUGUGAACUAGACACUGACAGCAUGUGCUAUACUGGGAAUGGGGAGGACUACAGAGGAAUGGCUACAGAAGAUGAGUGUCUGCCGUGGGACCUUCCCUCAGUAGUCAGGAGGGACCAUUACCAUGCUUACUCAAAGAAUGCUUUGCAACUUGGACUGGGCAAACACAGCUACUGCAGAAACCCAAAUGGAAGGAGCAGGCCCUGGUGUUACACCAAAAAGAGAUUCACCAUUCAGGAGACACCCUGCAACAUAGAGAAGUGUGGGCGUGCGUGUGGUCAAAGGAGCAUCAGCAAGUACUACAAGAUUGUUGGUGGAAGCCAGGCUGAGGUUGAGUCUCAGCCUUGGGUAGCUGGCAUCUUCCAUAAAAUAAAGGGCGUAGACCACUUUCUGUGUGGCGGCAGCCUCAUCGACCCUUGCUGGGUACUUACAGCAGCACACUGUUUUCUUGCUGAGUCAAAGCAACCACGAGACAAAUCCAUCUACAAAGUCUUCCUUGGAAAGUCUAUACUGAAUGUUACUGAUGAUAAGGAGCAAGUAUUCAUGGUCGAUGACAUCAUCUCUCACCCUGGCUUUACAGAUGACACAGGCGGCAAUGAGAAUGAUAUUGCUUUGAUAAGGAUAAGAACAGCUUCUGGACACUGCGCAGCAGAAUCCAAAUCUGUCAGAACAGUCUGCUUGCCAGAGAAGGGCCUUUAUUUACAGGAGAACACCCGGUGUGAAAUAUCUGGCUACGGCAAGCAAGAUUUUUAUGACAUUUACUAUGCUCAAAGACUGAUGUCAGCCACUGUGAACUUAAUAUCACAGACAAAAUGCAAAUAUGAAUACUAUGACAAUAUCAGAGUUACUGACAACAUGGUCUGUGCUGGAGAUCCCACAUGGAUGACUGAUGCGUGCAAGGGAGAUUCCGGCGGCCCCAUGGUCUGUGAGCACAAUGGCAGGAUGACGCUUUAUGGGAUUGUCAGCUGGGGAGAUGGCUGUGCAAAAGAAAACAAGCCUGGCGUUUACACCAGAGUUACGCAAUACCUCAACUGGAUCGAAUCCAAUAUGAAUGCAGUAAUCACCAAGAGUCGUUUUCUCCCUGAACCGAAGUGACCUCUUAUCCUACACGUGGACUCAGAUGCACAAGAUGAAGCCUAUACUGAUGCCAGGAUGCUAAAAUCCUGAAUGUCAUGAGAGGCUUUCAUUUCAAAUGCUCGCGUGGUCUGCCACUCGCGUCAGUGUUCCUGAGGCAGAGGUGGUUGAUAUGUUAUCUUACUGCUCUGAAUUACCUGAAAACCACUCCAUGGGAAGCUAAAAUAUUUAACAUUUAAAUGAGUAUUCCCAUGUAUGAUACUAUGCAUAGCAUGUUAUCUGUCCACUUCAUUUAUGAACCAGCAUUUGGUCUAGAAGUAUGGGUAAAGUUAACUUAUUUAACUCAAGUAUUUGUUUUAUAUAUGGCCGGAGUCUAAAAUCUCUCAUCACACUGAACAAGGCUAAGACUCAAGUCCUAGAAACCAAACUCGUUAAGACCAGUAUUGGGAGGGUGAUCAGGCUUUGCAUCAGAAAGCAAAAGAAACUGCAUCAGCAUUAUUAUCAAUAAUGUAUGAAGAAGGACCAAAGUCUACACAGACUGAGGCAGCACUUGGUGUAUAGGGGUUCAUUGCUAUAAACAGGAUGGUGCCUGUAGCUGUGACAGCUUUACAAACUCUUAAAUAGAAUACAUUAACUGUGCUGCAAAAGGCAAACUGGAAACUUGAUUGGACUUCCAGUUCACACCUGAAGGUGUCUGGGUCCCCUGAAAAGUCUGGUUAUACAACCUCUCUACAUGUACCUAUGCACCCAAGAGAGGAUUUAAGGACUCGGCACCCAUUGAAUGCUGCAGAUGUCAAAAGUCAGAACUUUUAUUUCCAUUCUUUUAACUGAUAUUAUAUGGAACGUACUUUUUUUCCAAAACUGAUGCUGAUUUUAUUUUUAAACAGUCUUUAUUUUAUAGAUCUGAAUUAUUUGUAUGAGGGCUGGAACCUCAAGCUUAAUUUAAUUCUUUUUACUGUUUAACUUAUUGUUUGUAUUACAGAUGGUAAAAAUCAUUAAAAAACCCUGUUGUUCUUAA